AUGACGGAAUAUGGAAGUGUUGUUUUGACAUUAAGUAAUGUUUUAUUACCACCGGAAAAACUUUUUCCUAAUCCAACACCAUCAACAAUCGAAGGUUUACCAUGGGAUGUUGAAUAUGAUUUACGAUUAAUUGGUUGUGAACUUAUACAAACAGCUUGUUUACUUUUAAAACUACCACAAACAGCAGUUGCGACUGGUCAAGUUUUAUUUCAUCGUUAUUUUUAUUUUUCAUCAUUUGUUCGUCGUCCUAUGGAAAUCAUGGCAAUGGCUUGUACUAAUCUUGCAGCUAAAAUUGAAGAAAAUGCUCGACGUGUACGAGAUAUUAUUAAUGUAUUUCAUCAUAUUAAACAAGUUCGAUCUGGAAGUCUAAUUCAACCCUUAUUAAUUGAUCAAGUUUAUAUUGAUCGAAAAAAUGAAGUAAUCAAAGCAGAACGACGUUUAUUAAAAGAACUUGGCUUUUGUGUCUAUGUUAAACAUCCACAUAAAGUAAUUGCAAUGUAUUUAAAAAUUCUUGAAAAGGAACGUGAAAAAGAUUUCGUACAAACUUCUUGGUAUGUAUUUAUAUUCUAAAUGAUUAUUUAAAAAAUCGAAAUGAGUUGAUCAUAGAGAUUGGAGUGUUUUUUUUCAGACAAAAAUAAAGGAAAUUUUCUUGAUGAAUAUUUCACUAUGUAUUAUUCCUCUUUCUCUCUGUCUAAGAUUUAAUAUAGAUUUUUUAAAAUUAACUUGUUUCUUGUCUUUCGUCCAGGAUUGAUGGAAAUAUGCGUAUAUAACCGUUUAAAUUCUGCCGGAAUAUAUAUAUACACACAACGUCGGGUCGUUUUAAUCAACACUCGACUUUUAUUUGGAUGAUAUAUGAUCAAGUAUCGGUCGGUAUUCGAUUUUUUUUUAUUCACAUUUGAAAUAUAUUCUCUAUAUUUCUAGUUUUAUCAAAGAUGUUUUAUUUGUUAUGUUUGAUUAAAAUUAGAAUUGCUGAUUUUUUUCUUUAGAAAAAAUAAGUAAAGCUGAAAAAAACAAAAAGAUUUUGUUAUGAAUAGUAGCGUAGCCGGAAAAUCGCGGAUGCCUGAGUUGGCCCACCUCUGAUUAUGACAUAAAGAAUAUCUAGAUGCAUCGAACAUCUUUAAUGUAUACGUCCUAAUCUGAGGAAAUUCAAUAAUAGAAGAUGAUCCGACAGCUUGUAUGAGCAAUCGAUAGUUGAAAGUUUUUAUCUAUUCAUUCUUACACCUCAUGCAUGUGAUUCAAUGACAACUAUGAGACGUAAGAUAGAUUCUCUUAACUGAACAAAUCUAAUCUAUUCUAGUUCGUAUAAAUACCUAUAAAAUAUUAGCACUGUAUUCGUAAUUCUAUGUGAAUUAUUUGCACGGCUUUUGAUGCAUCCUGUGUGUAAUAUUUUGUUUCCAAAAUGAGCAAAGUUUUGUCAUCCUACACGAUGUAUUUAACUGUUUAUCACAUUUUCAAAACAUCUUUUUGUUUUUUUCAGCUUUGUUUAUUUUCAACAUAACAAAUGAUUCAUUAUUGAAAAAUUUUAUUUCCGAGAACAAAGUGACCGAUAUACCGAUACUUGAUGAAAUACAUUCUUCUCUCUUUUCU